GCUCCGUCUUUUCACUUCUCCGCCAUGGCUACCCAACAACAGCAAUCCGCCAUUAAAGGCGCGAAAGUGCUUAUGGUUGGAGCUGGUGGGAUUGGUUGCGAGUUACUGAAGACUCUUGCUCUUUCUGGAUUCGAAGACAUUCAUAUUAUUGACAUGGACACUAUUGAAGUCAGUAACCUGAAUAGGCAAUUUCUAUUCCGUCGUUCUCAUGUUGGGCAGUCCAAGGCUAAGGUUGCCAGAGAUGCAGUCUUGAGAUUUAGGCCUCACAUUAAUAUAAGAUCAUACCAUGCAAAUGUGAAGAAUCCCGAGUUUGAUGUUGAUUUUUUCAAGCAAUUUGAUGUUGUUCUGAAUGGGCUGGACAACUUGGACGCAAGGCGUCAUGUGAAUCGCCUUUGUCUUGCAGCUGAUGUUCCUCUUGUAGAAAGUGGGACAACGGGCUUCCUAGGACAGGUAACUGUGCAUAUAAAGGGAAAAACAGAAUGUUAUGAGUGCCAAACCAAACCUGCUCCAAAGACCUAUCCUGUGUGUACAAUAACCAGCACUCCAACUAAGUUUGUGCACUGUAUCGUAUGGGCAAAAGAGCUGCUCUUUGCAAAGUUGUUUGGCGAUAAGAAUCAAGAUAAUGAUCUUAAUGUGCGAUCUAACAACUCUGCAAGCUCAUCCAAAGAAACAGAAGAUGUAUUUGAACGUUCAGAAGAUGAAGAUAUUGAGCAGUAUGGUAGGAAGAUAUAUGAUCAUGUGUUUGGUUCUAACAUUGAAGCGGCUUUGUCCAAUGAAGAGACAUGGAAAAAUCGCAGACGGCCAAGGCCUAUAUACAGUAAGGAUGUCUUGCCUGAAAGUCUGACUCAACAAAAUGGAAGCACUCAGAAUUGUUCUGUUACUGAUGGCGAUUCGAUGGUCUCUGUCAUGCCGUUGCUUGGCCUGAAGAAUCCACAGGAAUUGUGGGGUCUAACGCAGAAUUCUCUAGUGUUCAUAGAAGCAUUGAAGUUGUUCUUCGCCAAGAGAAAGAAGGAAAUAGGACACCUUACUUUUGACAAAGAUGAUCAGUUAGCUGUAGAGUUUGUUACUGCUGCUGCAAAUAUCCGUGCUGAGUCUUUCGGAAUUCCUUUGCACAGCCUUUUUGAAGCGAAAGGUAUUGCUGGAAACAUUGUUCAUGCUGUUGCUACGACCAACGCCAUUAUUGCCGGUUUGAUUGUUAUUGAAGCAAUCAAAGUGCUGAAAAAGGAUGUGGACAAGUUCAGAAUGACAUAUUGCUUAGAACACCCAAGCAAAAAGCUGCUGCUUAUGCCAAUCGAGCCAUAUGAACCUAAUCCUGCUUGCUAUGUCUGUUCUAAGACCCCUUUAGUACUUGAGAUCAAUACUCGGAAAUCGAAACUACGGGAUCUAGUUGAUAAAAUUGUCAAAGCCAAGCUUGGAAUGAACCUACCGUUGAUUAUGCACGGGAAUUCGCUUCUGUAUGAAGUUGGCGAUGAUCUUGAUGAUAUUAUGGUUGCAAACUACAACGCUAAUCUCGAGAAGUAUUUAUCAGAACUUCCUUCUCCCAUUCUCAACGGAAGCAUUCUCACAGUCGAAGAUCUUCAACAAGAGCUAUCUUGCAAGAUAAAUGUCAAGCACAGGGAAGAAUUUGACGAGGAAAAAGAACCUGAAGGAAUGGUACUCUCUGGAUGGACACAGUCUCCAGCUACCAAUGGCGAGAGCGCAUCAACAUCAAACAAUGAGAACCCCAUUGAUGUCACAGAUAGUUCCUCAGGAUCCGAGACUGCUUCUAAGAAGAGAAAACUCUCCGAGACCGAGCCCAGUAAUCAUAACAAAGAAACAGAGAACGUCGAGAGUGAAGAUGAUGAUAUCAUGGAGGUUGAAAAUCCCAUGAUAGUGAGCAAAAAGAAGAUAAGAGUUGAAUAGGCCUUUUUUGAAAGAUCUGAUCCCUAAAUCCUUGCUUUUUUAGCUUCUUUUUUAUUUCGAUCUAACUUUCUACUUUCUGAAUUUAUGCUACAAGAAUUACAAGUAUGAUUUAGGGAUUCUUUGAUGAAGAAGAAACUACUCAGAUUGUUAAAUAUUUACUAGGACAGGAUCCUUUGGAUGAAGAGCUCAGGAACUCAUUCUAAGGGAAGCAAUCUUUGCUUUCCAGAGAUUCUGUAAUGUUUUCACUAACUGUAAGAGCUCCCUUGUAUCUUUAUUUCUAGUUAUCAAAUUUUCUGUUUUUUUUUUUGUUUUUAAGAAUUCUCUGACUACUUUUUCGAUUCAAUAGACUAAAGAAUCUGUC